AUGUUUCAAAACCAACACAGUGCAAGUAUUGGUGUUAUCCUUAGAGAUUGCAAAGGGAAAGUUCUUAUGUCAGUUAGUAAGAGAGAACAUGAAGUCAAUAAUGCAAUAAGGAUCAAGAUGCUUGCUAUUCUUAGGGGUUUGCAAUUGAGUGCUCACUUAGGCAUCCAUCACCUCAUAGUGGAAAGUGAUUCACUAAUUUUGGUACAGGAGUUACAGGAGUCAGAGCCUUCCAUGUCCAUGGUUGGCAAUGUGAUCAAAGACACAAAAAAGCUAAAGAAUUGCUUUCAAAGCUGUGAAGUGAGACAUGUUGGAAGAAUAUGUAAUGAAGCUGCACAUAGGCUUGCUAGAUUUGCUUGGAAUGUUAAUGAUAUUAGCUUGUGGUGGGAAUCUUUCCCUAAUGUAAUUGCUCAAGUCCUUUGGAAUGAGAGACAUUUGUAA